UUAUUUGUCUAAUAGACGAAAAUCAUCUUCACGCAAAAACAGGAAAUAUUUUUGAAGAUAAGAUUCGAAAGACUUACGUUGUCAUGGUAACCCUUAGUAAUGUUAGCGAAGAUAAAGAGAAAGUAUAUAUAUACAUCAUAUUACAAGGUUUUCCAAAAGAAAAAUGUGAGCGCGAGAGAUGUAGAUCUGUGUAUGUGCGGAUAGCUGUAUAGACGUAGUACACCAGGCCGGUGAGCAAAGGAGCGUUGGAGGGGGCCCAGUAAACACGGAGUUGUAUUUUAAUGUAUCCACUCCUCCUCGUAAACGCUCCAGCCUCUGGGAAAACGAUCAAAGUUGCAUAGAUGUGAGACGUUACAGUGAAAACUUGUAAAACACAUGCACUGUACCUACAAAGACACCGUAUGUGUGUCGUAUGGGGCUGCGCUUUUGGUAGUAGUGGAAUUGGUGAAUAAUCUAGAAAGCUAGAACGCAAGUCACUAAUCUUUACUCCAUGGAAUUACUAAGUCUUUAAUGAACUUAAUUAAGUCGGAAUCACAUGGAGAUUCUGACGGGUAUCAGUCGGCUGGAUAAUUUUCUGUGUGGAAUAUAACCGUUUUAUUGUGUGUGGAACCAGCCCCAGGGGUGAGGAGAAGUAUGGUGGUCCCGGGGGAGAAGUUUGUCCGAGUGAAUUAUCGACACUACCACUCCUGGCUCAUACCACGGUCAGCUGUCUGUGGACUUCUGUCAUGUGCCCUAAUAUCCAUGUUGAUUGGAAUCAUCCUACUUCAGUUCGGAAGUAUCUUGAUUCCAUGGGGCGCCGUGGUGUUCGUGGUGGGAGUGCUAUGUCUCUGUGUGUGUAUCUGCCUGUGUCUUCAUGCUUACUGUAUAUUCCAACUGAAGGAUCAGGAGACACAGACCGAGGAUGAAACAAUCAUUAUUUCCUCAAAGGAUUCAGAAUUGUCACCGAACUUCACCGUAUUGGAUAAGAAACCUCCACCUGGGCCGGACAGUGGGGUGAGAAAUGGGCGUUACGGUGGGGGUGGCGGGUCGUUAGCCAAGAAGCAGGUGUCUAUAUCUCCGGGAGUGAGUAUCCCUAUACAGCACCACGGGCCACAGCAGGUACAAGUGUCGUAUGUACAGGCCAACAGGGCAUACCCCCAGUCAGGCACCUAUACGACAACGGGUGGUCAGCCAAAUCAGUCGCCGGGGCAACAGAUGUCAGUACCUCACGCGCAGGGGUCCGCAGGUUACGGUUCGACAAACACUGGAGGUCAUAUGACCGGAGGUAGUGCUAAUCAUAUUGGAAGUAAACAGGUGUCAACCGGAGCAGACCAGUCGCAUGGAGGAGUUACUGGCAGUAAUAUCUCUGGAAAUUACAGCGGAAGUGGUGGACACGUGACAGGAAACUAUCCUCCCCACAGCACAGGUCCCCAUGUAAACAUAGGCUACUCUCAAUAUGGCGGAAGUGGGCAGUUAUCACCCGGAGGAUACCAUGGCAGCAGAAGUGGAACCAUGUCCUCUGUUAGCUCACGUGGACACAGUCCUGGGUAUGGGUACCCACUCCAGCCUCACCAGCCUACCCCGUAUAGCACACUGACGCAAAAAUCUGUCACUCCUGUCAGUAUGUCGCAUGUGCAACAUGGUCACGUGGUGAAACAGACUGGAGGAUAUGACGAAGACUAUGACAACACUGCGGAAACAGCCCCUAUGAUAGGACAGUCACAAAAUCAAAGUAACCAAUCAUGGCGUCCGUCAGGUUUGUCACGUGAUGACGACGUACCGGAGCCUCAACCAUUGGUUUAUCCAUCAGAAAGACGACCAAUGACAUUUGAACAAACAUCUACGUCCAAAAUGAGUAUAUAUGAUAAUAUGUAUUCGUUAGAUAAGCUAGAUGAAUGAGUCAGACAAACGAAAUACAGGAAUCUUGUUUACAGCAUUUCGUUUCAUGGCUUUCAUCCUAUUGGACCUAUAGCCCAGCCAAGAUGUCGAUGAUCACACCAACUUGACACUCAAGGUCAUCUUAAGGUCAUGGUUUAAAGUUUACCGUUUAUGGCCCAUAAAAAAGACAUCUGGAGAAGAAUUGUAAUACGAACAUUUUUAGAGCAAGACAUGAUUCUAUUCGUGUGUGAAUGCACAGAUUAGUCUGUCGAAUAGUUAAAUUGAAGGAUGAUAAUUCCAGAAAGACGAGUUAAGACCGCCGAUGUAAAGAGUGCAGAGCCAGUCUUAAAGCAUGCCAUACCUCGUUAAAACAGAUGCGCGCAUUCGCUUUAAUACUACUGGUUCAGGACAUCUGUACAUGCAUAUUUGAUACGCAAUAUAUAUUAAUUUACCGAUUGGUAAUAUCACUUUUUUUUUUACAUGAUUCUGAUUUCUGAAGUUCAUACCUCAGAGACUGAUGUAAUGUGUUACUAUUUUUUCGUAUUGUAAAGUCUAUUUAUUUAAGAUAUUAGCGUGUUCAGUCAUACCGCGGUGGUUGUUACAAAAUUAUUAUUUAU